AUGACAACUACAUCAAAAGUUCAGUGUACAAAAUGUGCGAAAAAUGCUGGUAUAGCCACAUGCGAUGGCUGUUUAGCAAAAUUCUGCAGACGGUGUUUCAAUGAUCAUCGUCACGAUUUGUCAAAAGAACUCGACAAUGUUGUUUACGAACAGGAUAUCCUCAAACAGGACCUCGAAAUGCCAAAUAAAAAUAACUCUCAUCAUUUGCUAAAACAGAUUGAUGAAUGGAAGAAAGACGCUAUCUAUAAAAUUAAUCAGCUCGCUGAUGAAUGUCGGACUGACGUUGUCAAAUUGCUAGAUAAAAACAAGGACCAACUUAUUGAUAGUUUUCGCAAAAUAUCGAAUGGAGUUCGUAAAGGUCGAGACGAUGAAGAUUACGAUGAACGAGAUCUCAGCAAGUGGAUGACUGAGUUAAAAAAACUAAAAGAUGAACUUAUCAAACCGUCAAACUUCCGUAUCGAAGAAGAUAAACAACGAUCUCCUUGGAUACAAAAGAUCAGAAGCAAACCGUGUGCUGGAGACGAAGGUACAAAAAUGCGUCAAAAGUUGACAGCCUCCCCGUUUCCAACAAUGUGCUCAAAACUACCAUUCGAUGGAGCUGGUAUUCAAAAACAAAACCAUACCAGUGCUGCAUUGGCAGGAUCCGAAAGUUUCUCUCCAAAACAAGAGGAGACAACAACAAAAAAUCAAAGGGAAACAAAUAAAGGUUUCAGCGUCAAACAAAUACUUAAUCCUGAUCCGCCCACCUAUAAUAUGCCCAAAUUCUACCGGUUUCAUUUGAAUACUGCCUGCACACAAUGGUUAGAUUUUACCGCUUCACGUUAUAUUCCACUGAAUGACAAUACGAUGUACGGUCAAAGUGAACUGAUUGCAUCCACCCAUUAUUUAUGUAGCAGAGCUGCAAGACAUAUCUUCAAAGCAAUCAUUUUUGUCUGGGGUCUGCAUGGACCCCGGGUGGACGGAUCAGGGUUGAGAAAACUAUUAGCACAACUAAAUCAUCAGCGAAAUUAUGCUUACCGAUGCAUCAAUCAAUUUACUGCAAUUAGCAAAUGUGAUAUCAGGCAAAUUCUACAAAAUGGUUCUGUUAUUAACCAAAAGUUAAAAAACAAAAGAAACUGGCAAUCAAAACCACAAUUAAAUGCUCCUCUUCAACAUGGUGAUGCUAUUGCCUGCAUAAACACAAUAAUCUAA